AUGGCCACUGGUCGCCGUUUAGCAGUGUCGCUGCUUGGUGCUGGGACUCAAGGUCGGCGCCUGGCUUACAUGUGGUCGAGCUGUGGCCGUGAUGUUCACCUCAUCGAUUCUCAAGAAAAACAGCUGAAGGACAGCCUUGGAUAUAUUGAACAGCUUCGGUCCUUACAUAAACCACCAGCUAAAUCGAGCGGCAGAAUCAGAACACAUACCUCAGAUGCCUUGAAGGAUGCCUUGAAUGAUUCAUGGCUCGUCGUCGAGUGUAUUCCAGAGAAACUUCCUCUCAAGCGAGACAUCAUCCGUCAAUUAGAUCAGGUUGCGCCAGCUGACACAAUCAUCGCCUCUAAUUCCAGUAGCUACACGAUCGGCGAGAUCAUCGCAGGACUGGACCUCACUGACAGCAGCCGUGUGCUCAGCACUCACAGCUAUUGGCCACCCGAAACCAGCGCGAUCGAAAUUAUGGGACACAAAGAUACAGAUCCCGAACACAUAUCAACAUUGAUGAAACAAUGUGCCGAUCAUGGCUUUAAGCCAUUCCAUGUGAAGCGGGAGUCGACUGGAUACAUAUACAACAGGAUCUGGGCUGCAAUCAAGCGUGAGGCACUCCUCACCGCUGCGGAGGAAGUCGCGACGCCGGAGGAAAUCGAUAAGAUUUUCAAAGAAGUCUUGAAGACCCCCAAAGGACCCUUUGAGCAAAUGGACGUGGUUGGUCUUGACGUGGUUCUGGACAUUGAGGAGCAUUAUGCUGAGAACAGGGGCAACAUUCCUGAGAAACCCAGAGAAUAUCUCAGGAAGCUUGUUGGCGAAGGCAAACUUGGGUACAAGAACGGUAAAGGUUUUUAUGAGUAUGAUAAAUAA